GGGGAGGAGAAAGCUUCAUCUAGCACUCCAGUCUGCCAAAUCUAAGCACUGAUUCUCCAGGACCACUGAGCCAGUACUGUCUUCUUGCUCCUCCAAGACACAGCUAGCUUCCCAAGCAGGCAGGCAGACCAGCAGAACCGCCUGCCCUGAGGGACCUUCCCUCACCACCCAUCAUCUAUCGCUAGGCACUCCGCCCGCAGCACAUCAAGGUACUGUGUGUAUGACAACUGUUCUUCACCUCAAGUAUAAUUUGCAAUGAUUUGAGUUUAGACUUGAUAGUCUGAGAGUGAUAUAUGAAAAAGUUAAUUUGUGAAUAUUCAUAUUUAUUCUUUCAUUCUCUCAUUAUACUAUACACAAAGUAAUUUAUUCAUACAGAAAUAUCUUGAGUCAAUAAGUAUUUUUAACCCCUUUGUUAUGGCAAGCCUAAAUAAGUUCAGGAGUAAAAAUGUGCUUAACACUUCAAAAUAAUAAGUUGCAUGGAAUCACUCUGUGUGCAAUAAUAGUAUUAAACAUGUUUUUUUUUUUAUGACUACCUCAUCUCUGUACCCAACACAUACAAUUAUCUGUAAGGUCCAUCAGUUGAGCAGUGAAUUUCAAACACAGAUUUAACCAUAAAGACCAGGGAGGUUUUCCAAUGCCUCGCAAAGAAGGGCACCUAUUGGUAGACAUUGAAUAUCCCUUUGAGCAUGGUGAAGUUAUUAAUUACACUUUGGAGGGUGUAUCAAUACACCCAGUCACUACAAAGACACAGGUGUCCUUCCUAACUCAAUUUCCAGAGGAAGGAAACCGCUCAGGGAUUUCACCAUGAGGCACAAUACUAACCUGAUUGACAGAGUGAAAAGAAGGAAGCCUGUACAGAAUUAAAAUAUUCCAAAACAUGCAUUCUGUGUUUAACAAGGCACUAAAGUAAAACUGCAAAAAAUGUGGCAAAGCAAUGAACUUUUUGUCCUGAAUACAAAGUGUUAUGUUUUGGGCAAAUCCAAUACAACACAUUACUGAGUACCACUCUCCAUAUUUUCAAGCAUAGUGGUGAUCGUUAAGGACUGGGAUAAAAAAGAAACAAAAUGGAACUAAUCACAGACAAAAUCCUAGAGGAAAACCUGGUUCAGUCUGCUUUCCACCAGACACUGGGAGAUGAAUUCACCUUUCAGCAGGACAAUAACCUAAAACAAAAGGCCAAAUCCACACUGGAGUUGCUUACCAAGAAGACAGUGAAUGUUCCUGAGUGGCCGAGUUAAAGUUUUAGCAUUUCGCUACACCCGCGAUUACGUCUGCUAAAUAUCUGUGUGCAACCAAUAACAUUUGAUUUGAUUUGACUUAAAUCUACUUGAAAAUCUAUGGCAAGACUGGAAAAUGGUUGUCUAGCAAUGAUCAUCAACCAAUUUGACAGAGCUUGAAGAAUUUUGAAAAUAAUAAUGGUCAGAUGUUGCACAAUCUAGGAGUGAAAAGCUCUUACCCAGAAAGACUCACAGCUGUAAUCACUGCCAAAGCUGCUUCUACAAAGUAUUGAAAUGGGUGUAAAUACUUAUGUAAAUUAGAUAUUUCUGUAUUUCAUUUUAAAAUAAUUUGUUAACAUUUCUAAAAACAUGUUUUCACUUUGUCAUGAUGGGAUAUUGUGUGUAUAAAAUAAAUCAAUUUAAUCCAUUUUGAAUUCAGGCUGUAACAACAAAAUGUGUAAUAAAUCAAGGGGUAUGAAUACUUUCUGAAGUUACUGUAGAUAAAAAAAUUAUUCCUGACAAUUCUAUGGAGAGAAAUGCUCCUCACAUCUCAUCUUGUAGGCUACAUUAGCAAACUCAAAACCAACCAGAAAUCCAUGUUUUAACAAUGCACGUCCUCCACUGCUUACAUUAUGUAAUGACUGACUAUAAUCUGAUUAGCCCAAUACUAAACUCCUUACACAGCUAACAAUUUCCUCUGCUUUCAACAGAACAUGAACGAAUUCGACUUCCACAACUCCUCAUUUAAUUUCUUCAAUGGCACACCCUGGUUUGUCUACGAAUGCACCAUCAACCUGGAUAAGGACUAUCGGAGGAUCGCCCUGUUUCUGCUCUACCUGCUGCUGUUCAUGGUGGGGCUGGCAGAGAACACCCUGGUGGUGUGGGUCAACUGGCGCCGGCGCCAUUCGGCCAACGGCGUCUUGUUCUGUGUCAUCAACGUGAGCCUGUCGGACCUGAUGGUGGUUUUAAUGAUGCCCUUCUUCAUGCUGGAGGUGACCAUGGACAAGGUGUGGCUGUGGGGCCGCUUCCUGUGUAAAGUCACCCACCUCAUCUACGUGGUCAACUUCUACAGCAGCUCAUUCUUCCUGGCUUUCAUGACCUUGGAGCGCUACCUGUCCCUGUCCAGGCCCUCAUCACCUGCCUGCUUCCCCGUGGCCAGGCGUCGCCGUUGGCUACUCUGUGGUGGUCUCUGGCUCUUCUCCCUGUUCCUGGCUCUGCUGGAGAACUUCCACAUGGACCUGCUGGAGUGGGACGAGCCCGGCUGCUACAUGCUGCCAGAGAACAACUACACUGAGUGGUUCGUCUCCAUAUCCUUCCUCUGCCUCAUCUUCCAGUUCCUGGUCCCGGUCUCCAUCAUCGUCACCUGUAACGUGCUGAUCGCCCGGGCGGUGCGUUCCGCUCCAGACGUGCAGGGAAGACGGGAUGUGUGGCUGGUGCAUGUGUACUCCCUGGUGUUUGUCAUCUGCUGGCUGCCGUACCACAUGGUCAUGUUCCUGAUGAUGGUGGAUGAUCUGGACCCUCACGUGUUCAGCUGCAACACAGUGGAGGUGCUCUACUUCUCCUACAGUGUGGUCCAGUGCCUGUCCCUCUUCCACUGCAUUGCCAACCCAGUCCUCUACAACUUUCUAAGCAAGAGCUUCCGCACCAACCUGAUCAACGCUGUGGUCCACUAUGUACCCAGGGAGGGCCCAGGAGGGUCGAAUCCCCAAGAAACUGCACCCAACGCAAGAGGACCAGACACGGGCAAAAAGGAACGCAAGCUUAGCAACAUGAGUACCAGCCAUUCUGACGUUGCUGCCUCGUAGAAAAAGGAAGCAUCAUAGUGUCACAUUGAGACUUAACUAGCCAUCAUCACUGAAGGACAAUGGAGGAAAGAAAAUUUAAAAAAACUAACUGAAGCAUGUGCUGCUUUCACAGGCUAAAAGACAAGAAGCCUCCUAACAGUCUCUGCUGUUGAUGACUUGGCUCCAGAUUGUCCACCCUACUCCCAAAGUAUGCACUUGCACAC